GUGAUGUCCAUAUGGCAGAAAUGUACAGUAAAAAUCAUGCAGUUAGUUAAUGACAUGUAAUCUAGUAACAGCAAUGAUUGUUGCGAUCAAACUUAUAGCAAAAUUUGGUAGUUUUGUACAUCCACACAAUAUUCAUAUCAUUGCUGCGUGCAGCUAUAUUUAAAAAUGAUUUUAAGUUGCUUUGCAGUCAGACAAUCUAAUUGAGUGUUUUUUAGUUUUGUGUGCGAUAUGCAUCAGGCGGUCAGUGAAGGAAAUGUGGGUGGGCCGUGGGUGGCCCGUCUGAGGCUGAUAUUACUCACAAACAUAUUUGAACUAGUCUGGGUAUUGCAUCAUUAGCAGAUGAAAUAUCAUGUCAGUCAGUGAAGUGCUUAGUAGUAUGGGCAUCAAUUAUUUCAUUCAGAUGUCAGAUGGCCCUAUUGGUGUGCCACAACAGAUCAAUAUGUGCAAUGAUACAAUCACAUGAAACCACAGAUGAGUACCUUCUUUUCUCCUGCUCAUUUCUCUCCAGUACUCAUUAUAGCAGCAUGUUGUGCUAGAUUAAGCUUCAUUGCGAAUUUAAUUCAGUGUGAUGACGCAUAUUUUGAAGAUCAAUCCUGUGAAUGAUUUUAGCUGGUCUUGUUACCCAGUGGCAUGUCUGGAAAAGAAAAGCAGACCCGUCGCAAAUGGUAAGUUGUGGGUUUUUUGUUGUCAUUUUUUCCCCUGAUUACCAUGACAACAGCAUGCUGUUUUUGGCACACACAUUUCCCUCAUUCAUCUGUUUGCCUUGCCUGCAGAGCCAAGACAUUGUCAGCAUCAAAAUAACUUCUCUUUGUCAAAUAUUUGUGUGGAAAAGCCUCUCUAGUCUCGUAUGUGGCCCGUGUUUGUCGUCGCUGAGAGACUGUCACAAGCUAAUGAGAAUUCUUACUCUUCCAUGAGCAAGUGUUGAAACUAUUUGAGUUUAACAAGCUGGAAAUAACUAUGCCACAUCAAUGCCUUCAAGAGUUUCUUAAAAUCACAAUUGAUUAGAGCCAGACUAAUAUACAGCUUUUAUUGUAAACAGAUUUGAAUGGCCUAAAUUGAAGCUGAAGUUGAAAUAGAACACCGUGUCAGGGCUGCCUUUGUUGGCAAAUUGCAAAUCUUUCCGUCUUUGUCAUUGUCAGUCUCCCUCUCUUCAGUCACCUUUUAAAAGGUAAAAGCUUGGUGUGUUUUUUUAACAUUGUGAUAUCAAUUGGCCUAUAAAUACUAUUCUAGUUGCAUGUAUGAGCAUUAAUAUACUGUUUUGUUAGCUGCAAACAAUAAAUUAUGCUCUCUUUGUCACUCAAAUGCCAACCAUGAAAUAAUGGUUCUGAGUGGACCAAAGCAUGUUUGAGAACUGGAACGCUGUGGAGCAGCCGAAGCUGAGCUUUCGUCAGGCCGGCAGCAGCGCCUCCACAGACACAUCUGCAGGAUCAAAGACAGGAGGCAGCCAGCACCUAAAAAACGCCCUGAACUUGGGCAAAGCCAUGGGAGCCAAGGUAAACGACCUGCUCCGCCGAAAAGAUCCCAGCAGCCUCGGAGACAUCGGAGUCACAGAGGUGAAUAAGAACGUGGAGCCAGUGUGGUCCAGCCUGGCUGAGAUGGGCCACAGUACAGCAAGAAACAGUCACAUCUCCCUGGAUUCCUUCCCUCGGCUAGAUCCCCCACCUCCCACCGGCAAAAAGCGUCUCCCACGGGCCCUGAAGACCACCCAGGACAUGAUGAUAUCCUCUGACCCCGUGGUAGCCUCCCCAGAAUCUUCCUUCGUCUCCUCACCUGACAAGAUCUCCAAAGAUAAAGCUGAGCUUCAGCCUGAUCCGAGGCCUGAAGAGUCCAGCCUUGAGAAACCUUCAGAAUCCGGCGACCAUGUCGACAGCCGGAUGGAGAAGACGCUCGGUUUAGAACUAAAAAACGAGCCCACAGCUGUGGUGACGGAUGAGAAAGAUUCUGAGGGUGUCGAUCAGUCACAGCUGCUGCUCUCUGUCCCAGAUCUCAUUCACAAAGACAAUCUGGACCCAAAGAAACUGGCCAGCUCAGAAACUAGAAUGGCUUCCACCCCAUGUCCAGGGAAAGGGGGCUGCCGCAUCAGCGUCACUGAGGGGGAAUUGUUGGGGAAUGGCACAGCGGAUUACCAGACCCUCAGCUUGGAGAACGAAGAAUCCCACCCUGACCUGCUGUCAUUUGAAUAACAGGCUUGAGACCCUUAAGAUCAUUGAUUCUCCAGGCUUCCACGAUGACAAAAAGUCAUUUAAACUGCUUUCAUUCUACAUUUCAUAUUUUGCCUUUAAGUACCACUGAUUGUACUUAGUUAUUUAGUAGAUAUAAUUAUUCAAAUGAUAAAAAUCACUAUCGUUUUUUUUUUUAAUCGUAGCACCAUAAUCAAUUUAAAAGAUUGUAUUUUAAAGUAUUUGUGGACCUGUUUUCAAA